UUGUUAAAGACGAAGUAAAAAAAGAAAAAUAAACCGGCCAGCGUACCAGGCAGUGAUGGGGGCUAGCGGGGAGGACGCGGCCGACAGCGAGGAGCGCUUCGACGGCAUGUUGUUAGCCAUGGCCCAGCAGCACCAGGGCGGCGUGCGGGAGCUUGUGAACACCUUUUUCAGCUUCUUGAGACGCAAAACUGAUUUCUUUGUGGGAGGAGAAGAGGGUGCUGCUGAAAAGUUAAUCACAGAGACAUUCAGCCGCCACAACAAAAUGGCUCAGAAAGCAGAGAACGAGAAGAAGGCCCGCCAAGAAGCAGAACAGCGGGAAAAAGCAGAACGUGCUGCUAAACUUGCCAAAGAAGCAAAACAAGAAGAAAGUGAGCCAAGGAUUAAGGAGCUCACUGAUGAGGAGGCAGAAAGGUUGCAACAGGAAAUCGACCAGAAAAAAGAGAAGAAAGACAACGAGAUCCAGGAUAUCCCUGUUGAAUCUGCUGAGAAUCCAAUGGAACCCCCUGAGCCCAGCAAACAGGAUACAGAUGAGGAGGAAGAAGAUGAGAAGGACAAAGGCAAGCUUAAACCAAACUCUGGGAAUGGGGCAGACCUUCCAAACUACAGGUGGACACAGACUCUCUCUGAACUAGAUCUGGCCAUCCCAUUCAAAGUGAACUUCAGACUGAAGGGGAAGGAUAUGUUGGUCGACAUACAGAGACGGCAUUUGAAGGUGGGACUGAAGGGCCAUCCCCCUGUGAUUGACGCAGCCUUAUACAAUGAGGUGAAGGUGGAGGAGAGCUCAUGGCUGAUAGAAGAUGGGAAAAUAGUCACUGUGCAUUUGGAGAAGAUCAACAAGAUGGAAUGGUGGAAUAAGUUAGUUCAAACCGACCCAGAGAUUAACACCAAGAAAAUUAACCCAGAGAACUCAAAGUUAUCCGACUUAGACAGUGAAACACGCAGCAUGGUGGAGAAAAUGAUGUAUGAUCAGCGGCAGAAAUCCAUGGGGCUCCCCACGUCUGAUGAGCAGAAGAAGCAGGACAUAUUGAAAAAGUUCAUGGAACAGCAUCCAGAAAUGGAUUUCUCCAAAGCAAAAUUCAACUGAUAUGGUUUUCCUCUUCUCCUUCCCUCUCUACCAAUGCAACUUUUACAGUUUAAGAAUACAUGACCCAAGUAGGACAAUACGUACAUUUCUUCCAGCCUUGGAAUGCUGUCAGCAUUCGCAGCAUACCAGGGUGUGCUUUCUGUAUAAAAAGAGCUGUGAUGGUUAAACUAUCCUACUAUUUAGGUUUCUGGAUUUUCAGCAACAGUAUCAGUCAUCUGAGGCCAGAAGUUUUAUUUUUGUGUUUAGGGCAAAAUAUUUCAGAGAGGUAGGAGUAAAGGAAAAGAGGAAUUUCUUUUGCGCCUCUCUUAAUGUUAUUCUGACAGAUCUAGGAAACUGUAAUUCUUUAAGGAACUGAAGAGAGAGAGCCUCGAUCACCCUGCAGCUCUCAAACUGACGGCGCUUGAAGUCCUCCAUUGAAUCACUCCCUCUAGCAUUCCUGCUCCAAACCAAGCAAACCCUGCAGAAUGCUAACUCAAUGCAGCAAUUCUGAAAGUACUUUCAGACAUUGUAAGAAACACGAACAGAUUAAUCCAUGAGUGCCUUGUGCUCCUUGCACUUGCACUGGAAUCUCCAAAGAAGAACCCAUGUAAGAGUGAUGUACGUUAGCUUGUGCGGGUUGCCAUUUUGGAAGUUACAGUAAAAGCACAGAAAGCAGCUCCACGAGGAAUCCUUAUAAUUGCUUGUCGUUACUUUUUAUAACCUCUGGUUAUUCUAACAUUGCAAGCAUAAAUGCAUAAGCUUGGAGGCGAAUGAGCUAGACUACCAUGUUCAUUUGUUUAGGAUUUGGGGCAGAUUGAAAAGAGAUUAAACGGUGUUUUAGGCCAGUGCAAUAAGCCACUGGGAUCUGGCAUAUGGGUCCUACAUUCAUUAUAUCAAAUGGAUCUGUCCGUAGCUGUUUCUGCCAGGCCCUGUUUAUAACCAUUUCAGAGCUUUGAUAAUAUAUAUCUGCUCCAGACAGUAGAGGUUCAACUUGCAAUACUGAUGUUUUGGGCUUACAAAACCAACAUUUAGAAAUAGAGAGGGGCUGUUAAAUGACUGACUACUUCAAGGAGGUUGAUGUGGACUCUAUUCUUGCAGUACCGAAGAUAAACUGAUCAAUGUAAAUUGUGCUCAUGACUUAUGAACGGUAAGUAAGAUCUUUCUGCUGUCAGGUUGGAUGGCAGGCAGAUCUCUGGCUUGCUGGAGACCAGCUACACACCUUGCUAGAGCUGUUCCACAUACAUUCCCCCUUCCGUGUAGGACAUGCCAAACAAGAGCCUUCUGCAUGUUCUUUGUUGCUUAAAAACAGCUUGUAUUCUGCAUGUACAAUUAAAAAGGGUGACGUUUUUAUGUAUUGUCA